GUCAGGUUGUCGUACAUUGUGUAAUUUGUGUGAAAAGUGUGGUUAUUUUCAAAGUACAGGAUAAUUCUUAACCUUAGGGUGUAGAUAGGCGUGGAAGUUUAUUUUAACUUUUAGUGUUUGUGAAUGUGAAAUAUUGUAUAUGGUUUUUGAUGUUUAUGAAAAGUUAAAUCAGCCAAGUUUGUGCUAAAAGUAAAAAUCAUUCAAGCAUGGAAGGAGACUCACCUGCUAAUACUAAUGUUAAAAGAGGUCCCUCAUCAUUCUGUUUCAUUGCCUUCUGUGGAACCUGCCUUGCCCAUGGAUGAUUUUACCCAGUUUUUUCACCAUCAGCCUUUGCUUCUGGCUCUUCUAUCCCUGAUGAGGAACAGAUACUCUUCCUCAUCUGUUUCCUAUGCACAUAAAUCGACUGCUUCUAAGAGGCAUAGAGCACGAGUCCUGUACAGCUACACACCUGUCAAUGAUGAUGAGUUACAGUUAGAAGUGAAUGACAUUAUUGAAGUUCUAGAUGAAGUCGAAGAAGGUUGGUGGAAAGGAAUUUUGAAGGGAUCUGUGGGAGUAUUUCCAUCAAAUUUUGUAGUAGAAGAAGAUGGGAAUAGUGAUGUGCUUGAACUGAGUGGAACAGAUGAAAAAAUAUUAACCAAGAGUGAUGAUCCAGCUACUGCUUCAGGAAAUUCUAUACCAAAUUCUCCUUCACACCAAGAAGUCAAGCCCAAACCCAUCCAAGGAAUUGGGUAUGGUAACAUUUUCAAAGAUGGUUUAGUGAACUUGAAACCCACAGAUUCAGCCAAGAAAAGCCCUUAUCAAAAAACACCCAAAUCAUCAACAGAACCAGAUGCCCCAAAGCUACCUCCAAAACCAGUGAAGGAAAUGGUUCGAGUUCUAUUUUCUUAUGAGGCCCAGAAUGAAGAUGAACUAACAAUGAAAGAAAAUGAUAUCAUCACCAUUGUAACAAAGGAGUUAGUAGAUAAAGGAUGGUGGAAAGGAGAACUUAAUGGAAAAAUUGGAGUCUUUCCAGACAACUUUGUAGAGGUUAUAAAAGCAGAUGAGACUCAUUCAAAAAAACCAGAUCGCCCAGAAAAACCUAGUGCUCCACGAUUGGACACCCCCCCUUGUGUAGUAGAUGACUAUCUAACAUCAGAAAAAGUGACUAAAAAGGGUACACCUGGUUCAAAAGUUUCUCCUCCUGCCAUACCAAAAAAGGAAGAAAAGCCAGCUCCACCACUGCCAGGUAAAAAACCUGCAAUUUUAACCAUGAAGAAACCACAAAGAUCUUCAACUCCUUCAACCAAACCAUUAUCAUUAUCAACCCAACCAACUUCUUCCACUGUAAUGAUGGCUUCUUCUACUAGUUCAGUUCCAGGAACAAGUCAAUUAACCUCACCAUUUUCACCUCCUUUGUCAGACUCUUUACCCAAUGGUUCACCAACGGCAGAAGAACAUUUAACUGAUGAUAUGAAAGUCAAAUGUCAGCAAGAGAAAAAAGAAGGGGUUGAUAAAUCAGCAUUUGACAGUGUAGAGAUUUCUCCUGACAAACUCACCCAUCUAACAGCUAGUAGGGCUAGAGCACCCAAUCGCAGGCCUUUUUCCCAGUUUAUUCGCAGAAAUGUAGGAAGAGAAAAUGGUGAUAUAAGUUCAGAGCAACCAUCUUGGAUAGGUGAACUAAUAAAAACCCAGUCUAAACAUGCUAGUCAAUGCUACACAGAUACUAAAGACAGUAAAGAAACAUCUCUUGACAAAGAAGCAAAAACAAGAUUAUCAUCAAGCAAAGUACCUAGCUCAAAAAGUGCUUUGGUUUCUCCUAAAGAAGAAGACAACAAGCCUAAAACCAAACCAGUUCCAAGUCCCACACCAUCCAGUAGUGGUAAUUCCUCUCCUUCUACCCACUGUAUAUCAUCUUUUGGCCAUGAUGUGAUGGCCUUGCAGCAAGAAGUGGACAACUUAAAAAAAGAGUUGAAGAUGUUUAAAGACACAAGUGUCAACAAGGAUAAUUACAAUGAACUGCAAAAGCAAGUUGAAAAUCUUAAGGAUCUGACAGAAACCCAAAAGAACCAUUACAGUACACUUAUCAUGGACCUAAAAAAGGAGAUAGAUGAGGAGAAAAAAAUUCGCAUGGCACUACAAGUGGAGCUUGAGAGAAUAAAGAAAUUGACAUCUACUGUAUAACACUGAAAUUAAUUCAUUGUAAUCCAAAAUUGUGUCCUUACAGGAAGCGAUGUUGCCUUAUUCAAAUCAUUCAUAAUAUUGGAAAUUAUUUUUUAAUUGGUCUGCACUCAUCCUUAUUCUCAAACUUGUAGAAAGUUGACUAAUGUGUAGAACACUUGAGAAGAAAGAAUGACAUUAAUAUAAUAAAAGAAAAUAAAUAACAAUUAUUAUUAAAGAUAAUUAUUUUCCUCAGAAUUUUAAGACUUUAUGUGUUAAAAUGGUUCAAUACAAUAUUACAAUCAGAAAUUUCAUGCAAGGAUAUUAAAGGCCUAGGAUCUUUUAGCUUAAACCAAAUUUCAAUGUUAACAAUGUUUUUAAGCCACCUUCCAAUAUGUGAUUGACCUUUUUCUUAAAAGAUGAAAAAAUGAAAGGAUAUUAGCAGUUGUUCGGCCACAUUCACAACUUCACGUUUUACACAUACUAGAUGUGAAAAUAAAGAAUAAAUUAAAGCUUAAAUAUCAGUUGCUAAAAACAUUUUAAUAGAAUCACAGCAACUGCAGCCUUCACUGUUGGUGACAAGAGUUGUUUAUGUUCUAUAAUAAAUUAAAUAUAUAAUAUAACAUUAAUAAUUUAUCUUCAUGUAUACUUUAUAUAAACUGUGACUCAGAAUAUUUAUCUGAUUGUAAAAGAUGUAAAUGAAAGCUAUAAAAUGUUAAUUUUCUUAUAAAAGGAAAAAUCCAAAUAAAAUGAACUUAAUCUUCAGAGUAACUGUAGUGGAAGAAUGUUAUUGAAGAUGUUGACAGCUAUUAAGCAUCAUUAUUGUACAGACAGGGGCUAUGUUAAUUUGUUGUUGAUAUGUGCUAAUUUACAGUCUGGUAACAAACAGCAUGUUUAGUACUAUGUAAUAUGUGCAGUGUGAGAGGUAUAGAAAACAUGGUAUGCAUGGCUAUGUUUAUUAAGUGAUUGAAAACUGUUGAUGUAAAAUUUAACAAGUUCCAUAUGUUUUACACAUCUUUAAAACUUUCAAGGAAACAGAGUCUGAAAUUCAUUGCAUGAAAACUACUACUUUUCUUGUUUAUAAAGCUGAGAAACCUCAACUAAUCUUAUCAAAGAAAUUUCAGUAAGAGAGAAAUUUUAGUAAGUGAUCUACAGUUUCUUAUUUUAGCUUGACUGAAAUGAUUGAAAAUUUAUAUUUCAUUAUUAUAUAUUUAAAAAAAUCUUAUUUAAGCCAAGCUACACAAUUUCAAUUAAAUUAAAAUGUGUAUACCUUUAAAACCAAGUAGAAUACUUAACUUUUUUAUGAAACAAAAUAAAUUAGUUAGUAACUAAUUAUUGAACCUAAACUAUCAAACACUUAAAAUGUAACCAGCUUGGAAUUGUUUUAAUGUUCAUCUGAACUUCUUAGCUUAGAUAUCAAAACCGACUUUCAUCUAAGACCUUGAUAAGAGAAGUGAAGCAUACAUUACAUCUGAAAAAGUAUGAUAAAAUGCAUUGUAGCAUGAAAAUUAGAUGCAGUGUAUAAUUUUCACUUUACUGAGUGUGGUCCCAUCCUUUCGUUUCACUAUUGUUGAAAGUUCCAUACAAUUCAAUCAUACCUAACUGAGGAAUAUGGCAUGAGUAUAACCAAAAUAGUUUUCAAAUUAAAUGUUUAUGUAAAAAAAAGUUGAAGAAAAUUGGGUAAUAUGAAGAGUGAAAGUAAACAACUAAAACACACUCUGAAGUGUGGUAAAAUAAUCAGGUAUUGUAAGAAACAUUGUAUAAAAUAUGUAAUGAUGUAUUAAAAAGUUUAUUAAAAGUAUAUUUAGUCAUGAAGAAAAUCACUAGGGUUACUCAAGUACAUUCGUUUUUUUAGAUCAAAUUCUUAGUUUUUAAUAAGUAUCAUUUAUUUCUACAUUUUACAUUGUAAUGUUAUUAAAGGAAGUAUUUAACACAUCACACUGUACAUUCUAUUAACUUACAUUAGAUGAAAAUUAUGUGGAAACUAUAAUAUAUUAGUUGAUAUAGUGACCUAUCCACAUGUAGCUGUAUUACCAUUGGUACACCAUAUAUAGUUGCAGUAUUUUUAUAUUGGAAGUAAGUAAUGUUUUAAAGAUUUUAAGCUGGGAAAUAUCUUCAUUUUGAUAACUAAGUAUAGUUUCUUACAUAUAUUCUUUGCAUUUAUGAUAUAAUUCUUGUUGAAGCUAUAUAUUUGUUUUGUAGUUUUAAUGUUGACUAAAUAUUAAUUUACAUUGUGAGAAUUAAUGAUCAGAUAUCAGGUUUUACAAUCUUGUAACUAAUAAAGUAUUACACCUUCAACAUUUUAUUUGGUUUAAAAGACUUUUGAAAGAGAAAUAAAAGAUUAGGUACUGUAGAAAAGGUGAAAGUUUGCUUACUCUGUAAACAGCAAUGGAAAAGAAGACUGGCUGUAGUUUAACUUUAUUGUAAAGCAGUUGGACUUUUUGAACCAUUUCAUAUCUGUGCAUCUGGUGAUUUUAAAAUUACUAGACAAUCUAGUUAUGCCAUAUGAUUUUAGGCCUUGCAUCUGUAACUGAUCUCACUGUGUUCUUUAAGGUAAAAUCCUAGUUUCUAUUGUACUUAAUAUAGCCUCUUUUACACCUAGAUAUUUUUUUGGUUGAUUCAUUAUUUCAAUCAAGGAAAGUUAAUGUUAUUUAUCAAAUUAAACUUGGUCUGAAGAAUAACCAAACUUCUUUCAAGAAAAAAUGUUAUUUCUUAUUUUAGUUUAUCCUGUAAGAUGGUGUUUAAUAACAAAUGUUUUAAUAUACAUUUUCACUUCUUUAGACAUCCAAAAUAAUGUUUGCAAAGAAUGCAUAUGAAUAGAUAUUUUCUGGUGGGUACUGUUGAUGUAUGUUUUAUUGUUCUUUCAAAUCUGCAAAAGUUGCUCAUUAUCCACCAAAUAAGGCUGUAUCCAGUUUUGGAUAUUGUAUAACUAUGUUUCUUUCAUUAAUUACAAAAAUAUAUUUUGAAUUUACUUCCAAUAAGAGAUUUUUUAUCUAGCUUCUUGAGAAAGCCUUAUUUGUAAUCCAGAAAGACAUCAAAUUUUAACAUAGAAAUUGUAUAUUUGCCUUCAAUAAUCACAGGAACUUUCUAACACUGACUGCUAUGGUGUAUUGUCUGUUGCAGUGUAAGUUCAAGUCUAUGUUCAUUAUAUUGAGCAUGUGUGUAAAUGUCAGAAUAACUAAGAAAAAUUAUGUUUGUUAGAGUUUUUGAAAGUUUCUUAGAAAAAUAGAUUAAAAAACUAGCAUAGAAGGAGUUGUUACACAUAAAACUUUCUUCAGGUUUGAAAUAUAAAUUUGGACUGAAAUAAUAUUUGGCAUCCUCAUUUUCUUCAUGAGGGCAGUAGUGAAAUAAUCAUACCUUGCAAUGGUAACUUCCUAUGUGUCCUAACUUUCUUCAUGAGGGCAGUAGUAAAAUAAUCAUACCUUGCAAUGGUAACUUCCUAUGUGUCCUAAUUUUCUUCAUGAGGGCAGUAGUAAAAUAAUCAUACCUUGCAAUGGUAACUUCCUAUGUGUCCUAACUCUCUUCAUGAGGGAAGUAAUAAAAUAAUCAUACCUUGCAAUGGUAACUUCCUGUGCGUCCUAACUUUCUUCAUGAGGGAAGUAAUAAAAUAAUCAUACCUUGCAACGGUAACUUCCUGCUGUCUCAAGCACAACUAAAUGUGCUAGUCAUAAUGAAGUUAUACUUCAGGCGUUGACUUUGUAAAUGUUUUGUAAAAACACACAAGUGCUAAUUAGAGAGAAAUGCUGUAAUUUGACAGUAAUCCAGGUAAUACAUAUAUGAUAUCAGUAAUGUAUUCUGUAAAACAUUUUAAUAGUUGUGGUGAUCUUCCAGUGUGGAAAAGUAUUUUUAUUGAUUGUAAAUGAUAAAACUAAAUACUUUACCUUGUGUGUAUACACUUGUAUAUACAACAUUUAUGACAAACUAUUAAGUGGUGGUUAUAGAAAAAUAUAACUGAACUAAAGUUUGAAUAUUGUGGUAAAGUAGACAUUUUGGUAAUUGUGCCUUAUUCCUUUUUGAUGUAUUAUAUACUAUUAGUUAAUAUGCAUUCCAAUUGGUUUUUCAUUAUGUUGGCAUGUAUAUUUUUUUUUAUCUUUUUUUAUCUCAUGUUAAGGGACAAUCAAAGAAAUUUUGUAUUGAUUUAAUUAUUAUUUCUUUUUUAAUUGGCUGGUUUAAUUUACUGUAUUAAGAAAAUAGUGCAUAUCAUAUUACUGCAUAGUUGACAUGUAAAAUUCUACUUCAUAAAAGAAAAUUAUUUUUUUUGUAUAUCACUUAUUUCCUCAUUUAAGUAUAAUAUAAUGGCAUUUGUCAAGUAAAAAUUCUAAAAAAUUAACCUUGGUUUUGAAAACUAUAAUAUGGGCUUCAGCUUAAUUCUUUGUUAGUUUUUUUAUAUGAGUAUAAAUGUGAUGUGAUCUAAAAAAAUAAAAUUCCCCAGUAAAUAUGCCCAUUAGUGAAAAGCAUAGCCUUCAUUACCAAAUGUGUUUGCCAGGUAAUUUUUGGUUUUAUCAGGAACAAAAAUAGAAAUUAAUUAUUUGAAUGAAAGUAUAUUGUUUUAAAAGUAAACUACUUGUUAAUAAAAUUGUGUCUUUAACAAUAUCUCAGGGCAUGUUUAUUUUGUAACUUCAUUAGUAAAUUGUAGGUAGAGUUCUGAUUUAAUAUAAUCCUAUCAUGACUAGGUUUAAAAACAAAACGUAUAUUAAAUUAUGUAUCCACAACUAAAAAACUUUUUAUGCAGUAAAUUAAGAUAGUUAUCUCCAAAUGAUUGUUUUAUUAAGCAAAAUUUAGGAAGUAUUUUUAAAAUUAAGAAUUUUUAGUACAAUAUAGAAUUAAUCAUUCCAUCAAUAUAAUUGUUUUACUGUGUAGGUAUAAUAUGAAGUUAUUUUUUGUUUAAAAUGAAAUCCAUAUAUUUGAACUUAUGUUUUAUUAUGUGUGUAUGUGUAUCUUUGCUGUGAAUUGUACAUAAACAUUACUUGUUAGUAAUUGUUGAUUCUACAUUAUGACUAGUGCCAACACUUAUUGUUUUAUGACACUAGUUUUAUUUCAUCAUCUUGUGAUUACUCUUAUUUAAUUUUGAUUGACGUUCACAUUGUUCUAUGUCUUUAUUAUUUUUAAAGAGGAUUAUAUUACUCAAAUUAUUUAUGCUAUGAAAUAAUUUGUACUGUUAUUCUAAAGUACAAUUUGCCUAUGAACUGGAAAACCUAAAAUAUUAAAGCUUCAAAUUGUUUUAAAAUACCACUACAAUCAUACAAAUUGACAUUUUGGCCUGUUUAUUUCUUUUUCUAU